AUGGAUGCUGCCGAGCGAGCCUCUUCUUCUUCCGAGUCCUCUCAUUCCCACAGCGGCAUGGUUGGCGACGAAAUCGAGCCUGAGCGCAGCCAGCAGUUCGAGAUAUCCUCCACUGCCCACGCCGAGCCGCCUCCUAAGAAGAAGCGUACACGCACUUUGACGACUCCACAUCAAUCUGCCGUACUCCAUGCGCUGCUCGCUAAGUCACGAUUCCCUACUACUGCUAUGCGCGAAGAAGUUGGCCGGCAGAUCGGGCUCAGUGCUCGCAAAGUGCAGGUAUCUGUCAUCCAACUGACUGUGCCUCGAGUGUGCCGUGCUAACUAUCCAAAUUUUUCAUUUUUUGCAAUCCUGACCCCCUUUUCCACGUGGCGUAGAUAUGGUUCCAAGCAAAAAUCUCGGCGACCACAAGGUGGCAGCGCAACUGGCGGGGAAUCUGCGCAUCUUUCACAACCUGCCCAGUCGGCUUCGGGCUCGUCUUCGGGGUCAUUGCCAAACACGAGUACCUCAGCUCCCUCGGCGUCCUCCACUUUUACCCCCCCGCGAAGCAGCACCAACGUAUCACACUCCCAACCGUCCCCGCCGCCGCCAUUGUCUUUAUCUUCGGAUGUUUCACUUGCCAGUGGUCCCAGUGUAUCGAGCGUCGUUCCCGUAGCAAGGUCUGGGUGGCCCGCUAGCUCUCCAUCGUAUCAGCAUCGCCCCCCUACAUCCGCCCUAGAAUGGGAGGCAGCGCACUUUCCUUCUUCGAGUAUUCAAGGUUUGCCCACAGAAGUGCAUCUACAGCCAUCUCACGUUUCACGCCCGCCUCACUCGCAGCCCUCCCGCGAGUCCGUGGUGCAUGGUGGGACCCCUGGGAUGACGCCUCGUGUUCCUGUCAUCCUCACCACACCUCUUACAAGAGACGCAUCAUUGUCGUUGCAGCAGGCUUUCGAACUGGACGAUACAGAUGCAGGUGCUUCGUUGUCUGGCUCUCGUAGUACAGGGAGGGUUCUUCCACCGGUCAAUAUCAGCAGUUGGGAUCGUCCACUGCAGCAAUCACAGCAGCGCAACAGCCAUAGCCCCAGUUCCACCAGCGGCGGCGGUCCUACGGGUCCUAACAUCUCGGCAGUGAGGCCAUUUCCAUCGCGUACUGGGCCUUUAGCAUCGCCCUCCCAGCUACCAGUAAACGUCCAGGGUACUGGCAGGAGCAGCGGCACUGUAGCUGCAGGGUCGAGGCUGGCAGAUAUCCCAGCACCAUUUACGUUGCAGCCUCAGCCCCAGUGGGAUCCACGGGCGUUUACACCACAGCCUCGACCCAAUUUUUCGUCCUGGAUUGGGGGCCCCGUGUCGUCUUCGCCGUCGGUGAGCACUAGUGCGUACUAUCCUCGUCCAGCUAGACAGAGCUUCUCUUCGUUUGGCGGGUUUCCAUCGGGUGAACGUGUUGGUAGUGAACGUCGUGCCCUUUCACCUGGGCCGUCACCUGCGACGUCGUCGUCCCGUGCCCCCGGUAUCGGUGGAGGCAUGCAUCAACAUUCGCUCUCAGUGGGCGCUCCAAUUCCCUCGUCCUCGGUUCCGAUAUCGCGAUCGUUUGCGGUCCCUGGCGCGAGUGGCAGGGAACAGCAGCGCUUUCAUAUUCUGUCACCAACGACGCCUCACUCUCUUCCGUAUCGGCGGCAAACGACCCCGAACGAGGGGGGAAAGCAGGGGUAA